AUGUUCAACCCAAAUGAUCUUCAGUUUCACUUAAAUAACGCACUGCAAAGGAUACAACAGCUCGAAAGCGCCAGUAUUUCUCCUAUAAACAAUCAGUCAUCGACAAAUUCAAGUGGAAAUAGUGGUUUGACGGUAACGGAAGAACUGCGAAGAAGUUUUCCCAGCUUAGCAAAUCUGCGACCUAACCAUACUUCAAGUCCUACUUUAAGUUGUUCAACAAAUCCAACAACAAGCUCGACACAAAUGCUGUUGACUCGUGCUUCAACAUCAGGUUUUGGUGCCAACAAGAAAAAACGAAAGCGUGGAUCGACACCUAAAUUGAACAUAAAGCCAAAAGCAGCCCACAAAGAUUUGGUAUUGGUCCCUGACCCAGUACAAACCUCAGUCCCGACUCAUUCAUCUCGGGUUAUGUUGGAAAGUGAUGGUUACGUUCUUCAUAGCUUUCCUUUUGUAAGAGAUUGGGAUGACAUCCAUUUAAAAAAGGAAAUAGAAAAAGUCUUUCCGCAGAUCCAGUGUUGUGGUUAUGAGUACAUGAAGGUAUAAUAUACAUACGGCAUAAUAUUUUGCUAACAAACUAUAAUAUAGCAUGGGUAGUAGUUAGGAAAUCUUAAGAAUUCCUAGAAUUUCUUUGUGGGGCCUGGAAAAUUGUUCCUUUUCCUUGUUAUAAAUGUCCCUCACUUAGAGAGAAAUACCUCACCCCCCCCCCCCUCCAACCCCUAUUUUAAAGAAAGGCAGUCACAUUGUCUAUCCAAACAACUCUAUUAACCGUCCUAGAAAUUUGGUAAUUUAAAUAAGGCAUGAAAUGCCCUUCCUUUGAUGACCCCCACUUCCUCUGUUUGAUGACUCUACCUACAUGAAAUACAAAAAUUAUUUUACCAAAUCCCCUGCAUUAGAAAGCUUAUCUUUUAAAAACUGCAGUAGGUAUCUUGUAUGAUCCAAAUCCUUGUAACCUAGUAACUGAUUAAGUUGCAUUGUGCCCUAAAGGCUCCCCUAAGGGACUGGUCAUAAUUUAGCAGGAGGGGUGGGGAGGUGGAAACAGGGGGGUCACAUAUUUUUUAGCCAGAAAAAGGGGGGGUUCAUAAAAUAUUAGACAGUUUAUGAAGGCGGGGAGGGGGUCUGCUGUUUUAGUUCAAUUGUUUUAUACAUGCCUUCUCACAUUUUGUUCUUCUCACAUAAGAGGGGGGGGGGCAUUAUUUUUCCAGGUUAUGGAAAGGCAGGGUUACAAAAUAUUCCUUAAAAUUUUGAAUUACACCUCCCCACCCCCACCCCCCUGAUAAAUUAUGAUCAGUCCCUAAUGCCCUCUAAUUGGUUCAUGUAAAUCUGCGUCGUGUUCAUUCUAAUGCUGUUGUUUUUAACAUUUAUCACAACAACGUCCAAGUCUUGUUUCCAUUCUAUAACAACCAUUAAUUUAAUGGGCCAACAGUAUUUUUUGGUUUAUUAGUUAGAGAAACAAUAACUACUAUUUUGUUUGAUUUAAUGUGAUGUGGUUGAUUUAUAGUGGAUUACACAAACAUAUAUUAUUUUUAUAUGUAUUAUAUAUAGGCCUUGUAUGGAAAACUUGUUUCACCAAAUUUGGCCCCGGGAGUUAGAAUGAACUGCAAUAUGCUGCUGAAACUAUCAGGCCAAGGCGCAGUGUACAUACGCUCAAAUGUAAAACUUGCUUCUGGUAGUGACAGUGAUCAUUCUGACAAUGAUGAUUUUUUGGAGCCAUCCAUAGCUGCAGUAAAACAAGAUCCAGAAAUCUUAGAAAUUCCAUCUGAGUCUGAUAUUGAAGGUAGAUAUUGACUGACAAAUGAAUGUAUAAUAUUAAUGCCCAGCAUUAAUACAUGAAUUGCAUUAUAUGACAUUGUUGCCCAUAUGAAAAAAUCCAAUUGGAAUUUGGGAUAGUUUCCAAUAGAAAUUCCUAUUGGAAUUUCAAUUGGAUUUUUUUGUAAGGGUGAGUCAUGGAAUAGUGAAUUGGGGGCUUUAUAUAAGCAGCCAAAAUUUAGGUUUAACAACAUAGAUGUUGCAGAUACAUAUUAAUUAAUGGCAUCACUGGCUACUAGAAAAUUUAAAAUGAGGUUGUGAUGUGGGUGUUUACUGCCUGUAUGACAUAGACAUAUGUAGCAUUGUAACACUUAUGCAGAAGUAGGAUUCUGGAUUCUCAUGGGGAUAGUAAAAUGUGGAAUCCUGGCAUCGCUAGUACUAGUGGAAAUGUGUUUAAAUUUUAGAUGCUGUAAUGAUAGAACAAGCUGUUGGUAUUGCACAGUCAUUUCCAGAAUCUGCUGGUGUACAUGCACAUAUUGUUAAUGAACAAACUCAAACUAACGGUAAUUGUUAAGAAAAAUUGUCUCCAUGAUGAAGACCCAAGAAUAUUGAGCAUUGCUUUGUUUUAAUACUUUUGUGCUGGUCGGAUUGCCCAGUUGUUGAAAUAGGAUACUGAAUUCUCGUGGGAAUACCAAAACCUGGCUGGAAGAUGUAGUUAUUGUGUGAUAGGCAGUACUUCUAAGUUUAAUCCUGUUACUGCCAGCUGUCAGGUUUACUUUGAGUACACCGGUUUUCCUCCCUCACUCCUAGCCAUAUUUAAUGAUAACCACAGAUAACCCCCUAAACCUUUGUGACACUGGGUUAUGUAACUUGUUAAAGCUUUCCAUCCAUUCCAGGCUGGGGAAUAUGCAUAUUAAGCGCCAGCGCUCCCCCCUUGACGAGUAAAUCGUCUGGUGUUACACAGAGUAAAAUAAUAAAGUAAGGUGCAUCAGGGCGCAAUGCGACUAAAUGGGUUAAUUUAACUAAAUUCAACUGGAAAAAUAUUUAAAUUUUAGAUCAUGUCACGGUAGAACACACUAAUGGCAUUACAGAGCCAUUUGCAGAAUCUACUCCAUUAAUUGAUAUCUUUGAUGAACAAAACCAUGAUAAUGGUACGUACAGUAAGUUGUGGAGAAAAUAUAAACUAAGGGGGUGUUUAUAUGGAACCUGAGCUAGCUCGCUUUGCUGAGAUCUAACGUUGCAUUAUACUAAUAUUCAUCUUGCAUUUAUAUGGGAACCAGGCUGGCCCGCCUGACUCUCGCCUCCAUAUAAACACCGCCUAAUUGUUGAGAAACAGAGAAAGGUCUAAGAAUAUAAUCCAGCAGUUGUUGUUGUAAUUCCAUUUCCCCACUUUGAAUAAACUUAUCUGGCAUUCAACUGAGUGAAAUACAGUAACAAAUGGUCGUUAAAGUCACACUUUAUUGAAAAAAAAAAUGACAAGUAGUACAAAGCACAUGCAAAGGUUAAGAAUAUUUCAACGUUAUACACUAAUGAAUAUAUUCCUUUGUAAGCGUUUGUCACAUAUUACUGUGGCCAAUUAAUGGUUCUGUUAAGCUACAGUAGCAUGUAAGUCAGUACAAGGGUGCAUGUAAAUGCAAUAUUCCUAUUAUAACACUUUGUUUUUUUCCUAAUUUAGCACAUCGAUUAACAACUGAAGCUGGUGUAAUUGACCUGAAUCAUAUUGUCAAUUAUCCAGUGAAGGCUGUAACAGUGCACAGAACAACCCUCAAGAAUGAUAUGAUUCAACUCUUUCAAGACCCAGACACACUUGGUAGUCUUUUAAUGUUUACUGUAAUAGGUUUUGAUGGUUCGGCUGAAAAGGGUGAAGGUGUAGGUGUAGCUAGGGAUGUUCUCACAAGCUUUUGGCAGGUUUUCGUUGAUUCAUUGGCUGUAGGUGUGCAGGAAAAAGUUCCCUCAAUAAGGCAUGACCAUCAAAAAAUGCAGUGGGUUGCAAUUGUUAGAAUUCUUAUUUAUGGUUACCUCAGGGAAAAAUAUUUUCCAAUUUCACUUUCCUUAGUAUUUGUUGCUACUUGCUUGUUUGAAGAAGAAAGUUUAACAAAUCAUGACCUACUACAAUCGUUUCGAAUGUACAUCUCAGACGAUGAGCGUGAGACCUUUGACAAGUGUUGCAAUGGAGAAUUGUCUCCUGAUGAUGAAGAAGUGCUAGAGCUAUUAAGUUCGUACAAGUGCCACCGCAUUCCAAACGCUGAAAAUAUUAGGUUGAUUUUUUCUGAACUUGCACACCAAGAACUAAUUCAAAAGCCAAAAUAUGUUGUCCACUGUUGGGCCCCCAUAUUCAAACAUUAAAGUCUUUCCCCCCAUUUCAAUCCAUAGAAGUGCUGAAAGAAAUGUACGAUGAAAAGCGGCCAAGCAGUCGUAAAGUAAUAAAACUGCUUAAGUGCGUUCCAGCUAAUGAUGCUGAAAACCAAUGUUUGGAUCACUUAAAACGGUACAUUAAGUCUUUACAGGGUCAGUCUUUAACACGGUUUCUUCAAUUCACUACAGGUAGCGACAUUAUUGUAACUGAACAGAUUAAGGUUGAUUUUGUAGCUGCCCAGGGUAAACCUGUGCGCCUCUGUUAG